AUGGAUUAUCCCGUUCUUCACCUGGCGUUUUCCGAUGACUUCACAAAAAACUUAUUGAAGUCAUGGUAUCUUACCCCUGGCUCCCUCCGCAGUGCUCGCAUUGAAGAACUCGGGCACAUUGCAAAGAACUGCCUGCUUCUUCCUAUCCCCCCAAAAGCUGAUCCAAACCCCUCUGCCAAGGAGAAAGUUAGAAAAGAAUACCAAAAGAAGACAGUGGCAGCUGUCAACCCAAAAACCAUGGAAAAGAAAAACCCGGAGGCUCUUUCUGUUUCUCCAGGCCCCGGUUUACCACCUGCGCCUCCUCUACCUACCCCAGCCCCUCUCAAGGAGACUCCCCUGUCAGCUCCGCCCUCUCCUCUCCCUCCCUCUUCCCAAGUGUCCGGCUCCCCAACCCCCUUACCAAAACCUCAUCCCCCCCUGUCCCUCCCUCUCCAGACUCCCUCUCUCUUUUACCUUCCCAUUUAUCAUCAAAAAUCCCUUCCCACCCCUCCCUCCCAGUUAUCUUAG